CCUGAACGAUUAGUGAUUAAGGGUUUGGAGAAAAAUCACUCCUUUGUACCCCUCCGGCGAACCGUCUUCUGUCGCUGGCCAUUACAUCUCCGGCGAACCAGCUUCUUCUUCUUCCCCGGUCAGGGGGUCAAGUUCAUUGCUUUCUUCUAAAAAUCUGGUAAAUUAGCUGCUCGAGAAGCUCUAGUUACGAACUGAAAUUCAAAUCUGAUCAGGGCUGUAAUUUAUUUAUGUUUGCUGGAAGUGAAGUUGAUUGGGAAUAAGAGAGGAAGAGUCUUGAAGUUGGAGCAAAUAGAGUAGUGUCUAUGGAAGACGAUCCAAGUAACCCUCAUGAACUCGAUUUUGAGAAAGCCGAUCGACCAAUUUGGUUGAUGAAGUGUCCUGUAAUUGUCGCCAAGGCGUGGGGGAAGCUAGCUCCUUCCUCGGAAUCUAUUGACUUGGCCAAGGUUGUUCUCAACAUUGAUCCUCUACGACCUACCCCCGAGUUCACUAUGAAGAUGCAUAAUGCUGAGUUUGAAAACAUGCCAAAGAGCUACGCUUUGAACAUGUUCAAAGACGUUGUUCCCAUGCAGGCCUUUUCGGAUAUCAAUCAAGUGAAUACAGCUGUUGAAGGAAAGAUAGAUCACAAAUUCGAUAUGAAGCCAUAUGGCGAAGACAUUGAAGAAUAUGCAAGGCUUUGUCGGGAGAGAACGACCAAAGCCAUGGUUAAAAAUCGACAGAUACAGGUUAUCGAUAAUGACCGCGGAGUACAUAUGAGGCCCAUGCCUGGAAUGUUUAAUUUUGUUUCAUCCUAUUCAAAGGAAAAGAAGAGACCUGCCCAAGUCAAGCAAACAGAGGUGAAGAGGACGAGAAGAGACCGUGGUGAACUUGAAGCUAUAAUGUUCAAGCUAUUCGAAGGACAACCUAACUGGACACUGAAGCAGCUUAUACAGGAGACAGACCAACCAGCACAGUUCCUGAAAGAAAUACUGAACGAGCUGUGCGUGUACAAUAAGAGAGGAUCGAACCAAGGGACAUAUGAGCUUAAACCUGAAUACAAGAAAAGUGCCGAAGAUGAUGACGCAGGUGGGCCCUGAAACCAACUAACCCCUUGUGUAGCACUAUAUUCAUGUGCCAUAGUACCCUGAGUCAUUUGAUCGGGGUAAAACAGAUUUUAGCAGAGGAGAAAAGAAUUGUUUUUAAUAUUUUAGUUUGUAUUAUUAUAAACUAAUAUCGUUGAAGGAACUGGUCAUGAUUCCCAUGGCUGCGAGAUUCCGAUGUCUGGGUGGCCUUGUUUCAGCACCUUGAAGGUGUAGAUCUUGUAUGUCUCCACGUUCUUCUUCGAUCUCGGUUUUCUUCUCUGCA